AAGAGAUCAUUAUUGAAGGACUAGCACAGACCAUUAAGUCUCCUAUCCUUUCCAAACUGAGACAGUUUGAGACUUGGAUGUAAUUGGAAAUUGAAGACUGAGGGUCAACUUCAUCAACCGCCGUUUUCAUAAUUUUGACUAUAAAACUCAUGUCCACUUUUUUAAUUUCAGUGAAUCGAUAAAUGGGAAAGAAAAAGCUCAGUAACACACAUCCUUCGUGUGAUUUUUGUUUCAGUAAACAUGGUUUGGAGGAUCUGGAGUCAUUAUAUCCCACACUCCUAAAAGUUGCCGGAUGUAAUGAAUUGCCCUUACUGGAUUUAUCUUCAAUUCAAAUGGAUUUAGAACAAGUUUUGGCUAGCGUAGUAGAACGUGUUAUUUGUCUUAAAGCUGAGUCUAAAGGGAAGGGUUUACCCGUUAAUAUCAUUUCUUCACUAAAAUAUCAAAAAGGAAGCUCUGAGCCUGAAUCCAAUCAACAGUGUCUCUCAAAAUCUUCGUUGGUUGUUAAAGCUAAUCCCGACAAACCACUUACUUUAAUAAUAUCUCAGCGCUCAGGUCCUUGCCCGAAUUCUCAAUCAAUACUGCCUGCUAUUUCUAGUGGACUUAGCAAAGUCAAACCUUCAGUGAGUCCAUUCGGCUUGCGACGGUCCAGCAGGUCAUCCGUUGAAGAAACACCUGAGCCGAAUUCUCCCACAUCUGACAAGAAUCAGUUGUCUGCAAGUUAUGCCAUUCCGAAUAAAUUCUGGGAAUUAAUGGAACCAUAUUGUGCUGAAAUAACUGAGGCGAAUGUCAGUUACUUAGAAACCCUUAUCCGAUCAUAUCAGCAUUUGGAAUCAAUUUACUUUCAUUUGCCUGUGCUUAGACAAAGUGAAUCGUGUAAAAAUGAAACCAACGAAGUACCAGCUUGCAAAAGACUUCGGCGUGGUUCUCAAAUUUUUCAACAGGCCACUACAGACGAAUCAUCAUGCUCAUUGAAUAACUGCAAUUCGUCUAUGUCCUCAUCUCAAUUGCUCAAUGUAACUAAAUACUUGGAAACAGAGCUCAAAAAGCCAGUCCCUGAAUCUUCUAUGUUAAAUAAAAUAUCUCAGUCCCUUUUGGAAUCUUGUUAUCAAGACGAUAUAUUGUCAAAUUUUAGUGGAAAAUUAAAUUUCACUACACAUCAAGUAACAAAUAAUGAAUUUGAAGAUAAUCAUUCAGAAUGUACUGAUCCUAGUGGCUCCGAUCAUGGAACUGUAUCAGCUGAAGCAAUCCAUAUCAACAGAUAUAACAAUAACUCCAAUUCGUCAAAUACAGUGAUAAAUUCACAAGUGACGAACUAUCCGUCAUCAGGAUCUACGAUAACAAAUCACGAUUUCCUAAUCGAUCCACAUUUGCUUACUUCUCGCGCUAGUGAACCACUUAAAAGUUUAGCUAAACAAUUACGUGUCAGUUCAUCAUAUCGAGUAGAAAAAAAGAUUGCACAGGCGAUUGAUGAGCUGGGCUUAUUUCCCCUUAGUGUUUUACAUCCAAAAGUUUCACCUUUGGUUGAAUCCAAAGAAGAUUGUAAUCCUCACAAUUUAUCUUCCAGUGCAUUAUGUAAUGAUGCUGUUUCUCAUUCAACAAAAUUGAUUAUCCGAAAAAAUAAAAUUACUUCAUCAAAUCCAAUGGAAUCAGGUCCAUUGAAACAUUCAGAGGAAGUUCAAGAUACUCUUGAGAAAAAUCGUGUUUUCAAAAAAUGCCGAGUAAAUAAUGACAAACCAUUAUCUCCUUUACCUGAGCAUCACAAAAAUGCAUCAUGUGAACCAAAUCCAUCGGAUAUUGCACAUUCCACGGAACUGUCAUUGUUACCUGUAAAAAUGGAAAAUAUCAAUCCGAUUGUCGAUGAUAAUAAUAAUAAUAGUAAUAAUAAUAAUAGUAAUAAUAAUAAUAAUAAUAAUAAUAAUGGCCGAAUUAAAUCCACAUGUUAUAUAAAAAAAUUAAAACGAAGGAAUUUAAAAAUGUCAAAAUCAUUAUGUUAUAGAAAUAAAUUACGAAACACUGUGAAUAGCAAUAAUACACAUAAUGAAAUUCUAUACAAUGGAAUAACUUCUUGUUUGAAUGAUUCAAUGGAAUUAAACAAAUCGGAUCGCAUUCCUAACUCUCAUCCUGGUCCUAACAUUCCUACCGUCGACAAUGAAUAUUUCAAUGACCUGAAUAAUCCUCCAGGAAAACAGGAUCUACAUACUAAUGUCAGUCCGUGCAGUCGUGAUAGUUUCACUACUCAAUUGUCGACGGAAAAUGCAAAGCGACUAAUUUAUCCAACAAGUCCUUCUAAACAAGUCCACCAUUCUCUAAGACAUAAUCGUUUUUCACCGAAUAACUUAUCUGGAUUUCAUUGUAAUGGGGACUGUAAUCCUUUAAUUGGUUCGUUAGAGGAUCAUAAACCAGUUCUCGUAAAUGGUGAUUUAUCAUUAUCUGAAUUUCACAGUGAAAAAUUGACGGAAAAUGAUAGAUUAUGUGAUAAACCGAGUUCGAAUUGUAAUACUUUUGAGGGAGGUUAUGAAGCAGCUCAGGUAUUAGAUUCCAACCUACACAGUUCCUUGAGCCAAAUUAAUGAACAAUGUACUACUCCACUUCAAAAUAGUCAACUUAAAUUCAAAAUGGAGUCCAACUGGACAGAAAGAACAAAUCAUUUAACAGGAAAAAGUAGUCAUGAAGCUUCUCCUAUAAUCCAGCAUAAUGAUUCAAAGUCACCAGACUGUGGUAUCAACACAGUGGUUCAAAAUCAUAUGCUAUUUAGUCAAGAUACUCCAUCAACAGCGACUACACAGCAUGGAUCUAGUGCUGGUGAUGAUAUUGGCUUGGCUAUUAUUCAACGUCAACGGGAACUGAGAUUGUUAUGUACGGCAAACCAUCGAAUGCUUCGGCGACUCGUACAGGCAGCUAGAAGAGAUAUGCAACGCCAAGAAAUACAAAGGCGUCUAGCAAUUGCAGAUGCUGAUGUAAGUUCAAAGCGGUUAGUUUUUUGUAGUAAGUUUUGGUUAUAAUUUUGUUUCAGACCACGUGAUCCUGGUUCUCACUUGACUAAUUGAUUUGCCCAAGAAGACAUCAAGUGAACAAAUCAAAUUAAUUCGACAAAGUUUACAAGAUUAAUGAAAUCGUGUACACUUUCAUGUAUGCGAUACCAUUGGUUUCAUCCACAAGUUUCAACAAACGAAUAACGACAAUAUUUGUAAAAUUUGCAUAAUACACUAUCUUUUCAACCUAAAAUCAUGACAGAAAAAUAUUAUGAUCUACUGCUGAAACUCCAAAACGACGACACUAAAUAUCGCUCCCGUGAAGAAAGCCCGCUUUCCCCCUUCAAAUGCUCUCUCUGUCAGGAAAGGUUUAAUCACUCACUUCACGUGGCAGAGUUGUUGUUUACGAAUUUGAGAGGACAAAAAGCAAAUAUCCGGCGCCUAAACCAGGUUGAUGGGUGCGGAGGAUCUGCCUAAGAAAGUUGGAAAUUCUUGAGUUCGAACCAUUCGUCCACUGGGUUCUUUGAUCCCAAGGAACAAAUGUUGUAUGAACCUAUUGUUAGUCAUCGGCUACCAUCAUACCACAUCUAAUGUUGUUCCACUGUAUCUGAGUGUAGCCCCCCAAUAAUUCCAUCUGUUUCGGUCCGGGUGCCCGGGCAGUAUCCCAAAGCACACAAAUGUAAUGAUAACUGAUUUAUAUGACACAUAUAUUUUGGUGUCUUUUUAAACCAAUCUUUGUAUGUUUAAAUAAACAAAGUCAAACAAAAAAGAUAUCUCCCCUUCCAAAUUAGCUUUGCAUCGAUUGCCUUCAAAUAAAACCUUAUUGUCUCUUGGUAACUUCCCCUACCUCAUUUGAAAUUGGUGAAACAUAGUUAUAUGUUAAUAAGUAGACGAAACAAGCUUUUAGUGUUUAUUUUUAAUAUCAUUUUUCCAUGUUAUUUUGAGUACAGCAUAGCAUAAAUCGGUAUAAAUGAACAUUUAAUUAUCUCGGGAAAUAGAAUUAUAACUAAUAAUUUCAUUGAAAUAUUCCAUCAUUAUCUUAACACUUCAUUUCAUGGGAUUUCAAUAGUAUAAUUUCCAGAAAUGAGAUGCAGUAUACAUUUACGAUAAUAAAAUUUCAUGUAACCUUAAGUCAAUGCAUCAACGGAGAAAUACAUACAGAUUAAUGAACUCGGCUUUGAGACACAUCAGCUUUAUAUAUGUUGUAAUUAUACUAUUAUAUUGUUUAAACUGAAGCAGAUCUGAGAGAUUAACAUCCUAACCUACAAUCUAUUAGGUAAAAUAUGAUUUCUUCAAUCAUUAAGUCAUUAUUUUAAUUUAUAUCGUCAUUAUGUUUCACUAGAAAUCAUUAACACAGUUUUAGUUUACUAUAUAAUUCUACUUUUGUGAAAUAAUUCACCAGCGUAGUAGAUAUACAUUUUUCUCUAGAAAAUGGCUCUUUUCAUUAGUGUAAUUGGUGUAACAGAUAGUUUAAAAUAUUUUUCUCUCUCUCGAGUAUACUGCGAUAAUAAGUUAAUACGAUAAUAAGACAGGUCACGUUAUAUCAGAUGUAGUAUUCACAGCCUAGAAUAGAGAAUCAGAGUGUAGACUAGACAAUAUUCUGUUCAACACAAUUGCAAGCAGUCACUCUCAGUGAGUUCGCAGAUGUCAAUAACAGGAAGGAAAAUUACACAUUUAGUGGUCAGUAAACUAAAUGCCUGUUUGUUCACGCUCAGUGGAAAAUCAUAUAUCAAUUUCACUACCACAUAUCAGUAAUCCAAUAAAGGAGUAUUGUUUGUAAAUGACAUGCCUCAGUAUGAUUAAUGAAUAAAAAAUAUUUAAACGAAUUAUUUUUUUUUUUAAACACAUAAAUAUUGGUACAAAGGGGCAUCAGAUGUAUAUGUGCCAUACAAAUCUCAUUUGAUUUGUGUGAGGGCUGUGAUACUGCCCGAGUGCCCAAACUGAAGCAGGUGGUUUUCUAAAGGGGACACACCCGGAGCCUUCGACCUAAAGGUCUGAUCCACAAGGCAGUGGAGCAUCGUGAGGAGAUGCAUUCCCAUGGUAGCCGGUGAUCAACGAUUGACUCAUACACCAUUUGUUCCCUCAGGAUACUG